UGAGACUCUAUGGGUAACGCAUCGACCCACCAACAUUCAUGACCCCAUGUCCACUCUCAACCCGUGAACCUCACCUUCAUUCGGCGUCCAGUGCCUUGUCGGAAAGGCUCGUUUGACUUGAUAUACUUACCCGAAAAACACGCAGCUUUCUGAUAGAUCACCUAUCAUUUGAUUGAUUCAACUUAAGCACGUUUAACUCUGGAGUUUUCUCCGGAUGGUUAACCGAAAAAGUAAGUAAACUAUGUGUCAUAGAUAAUCCAAAUCAACUCUUAUAAGCCCUUUCCACCUUACUACCACAAAUCCAGGACACUACACUACACAUCCUCUUCGUGUCUCCUUACAAUUCCUCUUGUUUUCAUGUCACCGGUGAUAAAAACACCAAACAUUAUCUUAAAAUACAAGCAACACUAAAUCUGGAGUUCUUGAAAGAUAGAUCAAUGGAGAACGGAACUUCCUCUGCAACCAAUCAGACAAUUCCCCUUCUCACACCAUUCUCAAUGAGAAACUUCAAUCUUUCUCACAGUUAUGCCAGGGAUGGCGAGAAUGAGAUCAUACGGCAACGUUCCACAACCUCACGCCGCCAUGUAUUACUCUCAGAGAGCAACGCCGGGAGGUCUUCUCAUCACCGAAGCCACCGGAGUUUCAGAAACCGCCAUGGCGUAAGGUAUCAUGACAUGCCAGGGAUAUGGAAGAAAGAACAAAUCGAAGCAUGGAAGCCUAUCAUUGACGCCGUUCAUUCUAACGGCGCCGUCUUCUUCUGUCAGCUCUGGCACGCCGGUCGCGUUUCUCAUCGAGAUUCUCAGCCAAAUGGUGAAGCUCCGAUCUCUUCUACGGAUAAGCCUCUCGCCGAGACUUCAUCCAACGAGUUCACAACAUCCGACGAGUUCACACCUCCGAGGCGGCUAAGGACCGACGAGAUCCCAAACAUUGUAAAUGAUUUUCGUCUCGCUGCAAGAAACGCUAUAGAAGCUGGUUUUGAUGGAGUGGAGAUCCAUGGCGCACACGGAUACUUGAUCGACCAGUUUAUGAAGGACACUGUCAACGACCGCACCGACUUUUAUGGCGGAUCUCUCGAGAACCGAUGUAGAUUCGCGCUGGAAGUAGUCGAAGCUGUGACGAACGAGAUCGGAUCUGACCGCGUUGGAGUCAGACUCUCUCCGUUCGCGAACUAUAUGCAGUCGGGAGAUACAGAGCCUCAAAAGCUAGGUGUUUACAUGGCAAAGUCUCUGAAUAGAUUCAGAACACUCUAUUGCCACAUGGUUGAGCCGAGGAUGAAAACAGCCACUGAGGCUUUCGAAUGCACUGAGUCGCUUACGCCGAUGAGGAAGGCGUUUGAAGGAGCGUUCAUCGUCGCCGGAGGUUAUACAAGAGAAGACGGGAACAAGGCGGUGGCGGAGGGAAGAACCGACCUGGUGGCGUAUGGGAGACUGUUCUUGGCGAAUCCAGAUUUGCCAAGAAGAUUUAAACUCGACGCGCCGCUGAAUAAGUACGACAGAACAAGUUUUUAUACUUCUGAUCCUGUCGUGGGUUAUACUGAUUACCCUUUUCUCGAGACAGAACCUUAAGGUUUUGUCUUUUUUUUUUUACUUUCCAUUUUUUCAGCUGCUGUAAUAAUCUUACAAGUUGUUAAAAGCAUACAAUUUGUUUACAUUAUAGCCAUAGCAAGUUGUUCACAUUACAUUUAGAGGUUCUGGUUCAAUUUAUUGA